CGGAAACACGGUCAAGACUGGUUUUCGCUGCGCGUUUUUAUUCCUGUUGAAAGGUUUACGCUGGAUUUGAAUUUGUGCAUGUCACUCUGGAUCCAAUCAUGUAUUUUUCGCGAGGAGCGAGCUCUUUCUGGGAUGCUGUUUCCGUCGUGCUGCUCUGCUGCAGCUGGGAAGUUGCAACCGCACAACUCUCGUAUUCCAUCUCAGAGGAGGUAAACCCCGGGACUUCAGUGGGAAAUAUCGCAAAGGAUCUAAACCUUAAGGUCCAGGAUUUAGAGCCUCGCAUGUUCCAGAUCGUCGAUUCAGCAAAACGGAAUUAUUUCGACCUCGAAUUGAAAACGGGGAUUCUUUUUGUAAAUAAAAGGAUAGACCGAGAGGAGCUCUGUGCAAAAUCCGCAAAAUGCACCGUGAGCAUAGAAGCUGUGAUCAGCAACCCGAUGAAGCUUUACCGUAUAGAGGUGGCAAUAAAAGACAUCAAUGACAACAUGCCUGUUUUUUCUGAGCAUUUGCAGUUGAUUGACGUUCCCGAAAACACUUUACCUGGAGUCAAAUUUAGUCUAAUAGAAGCGUCAGACUUAGAUGUCGGGAAAAACAGCGUUAAUACUUACAAACUGGGAAGCAAUGAUUAUUUCACAUUGGAAAUUCACAAAGGAGCAGAAAGCGUGUCCGCUGAGCUGGUGCUGGAUAAAACACUGGACCGCGAACGAGACUCUAUUAUAAAACUCAUUCUGACUGCCGUGGAUGGAGGAAACCCACCAAAGUCAGGAACCUCGGAAAUAGUCGUCACAGUUUUAGAUACCAAUGACAACCACCCUAUUUUUAGUAAGUCUCUGUAUAAGAUUCAAAUUCCAGAAAAUAUAUCAACCGGCACAACAGUUGCCAAUCUAAACGCAACAGAUGCAGAUGAGGGUUUAAAUGGUGAGAUAGAAUACUCUUUGAGGAAGAAAGGACAGGAUCGUGUUUUGGAUUUAUUUGAUAUUGACCCCAAAACAGGUGCGCUUCUCGUGAAAGGUAAUAUCGACUACGAAGAAAGCCCUGCCUUUGAAAUUCAUGCUCAGGCAAGUGACAAAGGCCAUCCUCCUAUGUCUGCUCACUGUAAAGUGCUGGUAGAAGUAGUAGACGUAAAUGAUAACGCUCCUGAGAUCAUCGUAACAUCGCUGCAAAGCCAGGUGAAAGAGGACGCACAAGUAGGUACAGCUGUCGCUCUUGUGUCCGUGGUGGACAAAGACGGUGGGGAAAACGGGAAAAUAAAUACUCUCAUUGUAAAUGAAAACCCGUUUAAAUUGGAAACAAAUUACAAAAAUUAUUACUCAUUGGUAGUUAAUGAACCACUAAAUAGAGAGACUCACGCUGAAUACAAAGUAACUAUAGUCGCAAUCGAUGAAGGGUCUCCAUCGCUUUCCAGCACAAACGCUGUUAAUAUCCAAGUAUCUGAUGUUAACGAUAAUCCUCCACAAUUUUCCGAACCACUGAUAAAUAUUUACGUGAAAGAGAAUAGUCCAGUGGGAACAGUUAUUAAAAUUGUCUCUGCAAUUGAUGCUGAUCUUGAUAAUAAUGGUAAGGUGAGAUACUCCCUUUUACAAACCAAAACUGAUCACCUGAGUUCAUCUAAAUUUGUUAAUAUUAAUUCAGAAACCGGAGAUAUAAUCAGUCUGCAGUCCUUUAAUUAUGAGGAGUUGAAAACGUUUCAGUUUAUAGUUCAGGCUACAGACUCUGGUGUUCCUCCGCUCAGCAGCAACGUGACUGUCAAUGUUUGUAUUCUGGAUGAAAAUGAUAAUAAUCCAACUAUUUUAGCUCCUUAUUCUGAGCACGGCUCUGUUAACAGUGAGACCAUCCCUUAUUCUGCUGAAGCGGGAUACUUUGUAGCAAAGAUCAGGGCUGUGGACGCAGAUUCUGGAUACAACGCGCUGCUUUCUUAUCACCUGUCGGAGCCCAAAGGAAACAACCUGUUCAGGAUCGGAACCAGCACCGGAGAAAUCAGGACUAAGAGGAGAAUGAGCGACAAUGACCUGAAAAGUCACCCAUUGGUGGUGUUAGUUUGUGAUAAUGGAGAACCUUCUCUGUCAGCCACUGUUUCUAUUGAUGUGAUGGUGGUUGAAAGCACAGCUGAUGUCCAGACUCAGUUCAGACAUGUUCCUAUAAAGGAGGACAACUUCUCUGAUUUGAACUUGUAUCUACUGAUCGCCAUCGUGUCAGUGUCUGUGAUCUUUCUGCUGAGUCUCAUCAGUUUAAUAGCUGUCAGAUGCCACAGGACAGACAGUGAUUUCAGCAGGUACAGCGCCCCCAUGAUCACCACCCAUCCUGACGGGAGCUGGUCUUACUCUAAAGCUACUCAGCAGUAUGACGUGUGUUUCAGCUCAGACACACUGAAGAGUGACGUAGUGGUUUUCCCCGCACCGUUUCCACCUGUAGAUGCUGAACUGAUCAGUAUUAAUGGGAGUGACACUUUUACCAGAACUCAGACUUUACCAAACACAGACAAGGUAAGACCAUGUUUUACAGUUUUUGUGACGUUUGACGUGCGUUAUUGUUUACUUUGGAACAUAACUAUUUAG